AUAUAAAAAGAGUAGUUAUCUCAUAGAACAAUUUCAUGUGUAGAAAUUAAAUUCCAUGGAAGAGCAAAGCAAAGAGAUUAGAAAGACAAGUUUAAGGAAGCGUUUGAUGGGAACUAUGAAGAAAGUGAAGAAGGAAAUUUGGCCUUUGAGAUUCACUGCGUUUAAGUGGAAACGACUUGAUAAUCUUCAAACGACAUUUAUGGAUACUGUCGUUUAUAGGUUACUCUCUGUUGCUGAGGCUGUUGUUCUUGUCUCAACCGUUUGCUUUUUCUACCUCUUUUGUGGUUGCCACUUCUGACAAGAUUUCUAGUUUAAUUAGUUUUCUCUUCUCAUAUUUAUUUUAAUGACUUAAUUCAUUUUUCACAAAUUUAAUGUAUUUUAUUUUUGCUUUUUAUAUUAUAGACUUCAUAUUUUGCUUAAUUAGCUAGUUUGGUGUGUUUUAAUGUUUCUGUUUGGACUAGAAAAGCAUAAAUUAAUAAUGAAUUAUGAGUAACAAAUUUUCCAAUGUCGUCAUCUCCAACUGUAUUAGAAUUUAGAGAUAUAAGGUUCUACCAUGUUCCAUAAAAAUGUCAUAAGAAUUGUUUCUUUCUUUUUUCUAUUUAUAAAUUGGAAAUAAAGACCGUAAUCUUUGUAUUGUA